AUGUUUCUCCUUCUAGUGGUGCUUUCUGGGCUUAAGGGACUGCAGGCAGACCAGGAUUCUCAGAAAACCUUCCUGCAGACAACAGUUCCUGAAAAGAUUUCUUCACCAGAUGUAGAAAAAGACCCUGAAAAUCAUGUUGCAUACCUUAUAACGCUAGCAGGAAAGCCAUAUUUUGUCCAUCUUAAAAAGCAAUCAUUUCUCUCUCCAACUGCUGCUGUUUAUUCUUAUGACAAAAAUGGCACCCAGCAGUCUCAAUCUCUGUCAGCUCUGACAAGUUGCAAUUAUAAUGGAUAUGUGGCAGGUUUUCCAAACUCUCUCGUGGCAUUCAGCAUUUGCUCAGGACUCAGGGGAACAAUACAAUUUAAAAGCAUCUCCUAUGGAAUUGAACCCAUGGAAGCUGUGUGGGGAUUUGCACACAUGAUCUACAAAAGUGCAAACAGUAAAAUUAGUAUUCCUGUCUUCGCAGAGAAUGACACUUACUGGUUUAAUCAGUCACAGCAUGAGUUCAGAAACAGUGUAAAUAGGUCUGAAUUUACCAAGUUGUCUCCGCGAUGCAUUGAGAUGGAUAUUGUUGUGGAUAAAAGUCUGUUUGACUACAUGGGCUCUGACAUAAAGGCUGUAACGCAGAAGGUUAUUCAGAUCAUUGGCCUUGUUAACACUAUGCUUUCCAAGUUAAAACUGACUGUUUUAAUAUCUUCCAUUGAAAUCUGGUCAAACAAGAACAAAAUUUCUACCACAGGGGAUCUUGACCGUGUGUUAUAUAGGUUUUUAGAUUGGAAACAUAGCAAUUUGGACCAUGAGCCACACCAUAUUUCGUACUUACUAAGCUUUGAGGAACGUCCUUCCUCUAUUGGAGCCACGUAUCCAGGGAUGCUCUGCAGUGAGAACUCCAACGGUGCUGUCAUCUUGUAUCCGAAAGGCUUAUCCUUGGAGUCCUAUAGUGUCAUUGUUGUGCAGCUGCUGGGCCUGGGCCUGGGUUUGACUUAUGAUGAUGCUGAUGCCUGUUUCUGCUCAGGAGAUGUUUGCACAAUGACCCCCGAAGCAGUGUACUCUGAGGGCACAAAGGAUUUUAGUUCCUGCAGCUUAGAUGACUUUAAAUAUUUUACAUCCCACAACGACUUGCAAUGUCUUCGGGACAUUCCUGUAGAGAGGAGACGACCACCCCCGAAACCGCCGAGGUGGACGUGUGGGAACGGUGUGGUGGAAGGUAAAGAACAAUGUGACUGUGGCACUCUGAAGAACUGUACACACAAAAAUUGCUGUGACCCUAUGUCAUGUAGAUUAAAGCACAAGGCGAUAUGUGGUUCUGGAGAGUGCUGCGGACAGGACUGCACAUUAGAACCAAUUGACACACCUUGCAGAAAGACAGUUGAUGAAUGUGACUUUCCAGAGUACUGUAAUGGGAACCUCUCCUACUGUGUGGCUGACACUUAUGCUCGUGAUGGACAGCCUUGUGACUCAGGUGGAGCAUUCUGUUAUCAGGGAUUGUGUCGAACUUUUGACAAACAGUGUACAGCUUUACUUGGGAAACCAUCUACAGGUGCUUCCUUUGGAUGUUUUGAAGAAAUGAAUUCCAGAGGAGAUAGGUUUGGGAACUGUGGCCGUAUAUCGUGUAUUUUCCAAAAUUCCUUGUGUGGAAAGUUAGUAUGUUCAUGGCCAUACAAGAGAUUGCUAUGGCGUGCCAAUUUGUCUGUGGUUUAUGCACAUGUACGAGAUGAAAUAUGUAUAUCUACAUAUAAAGGUGGGCGGAUACCCAAGAACACACCGACAACAUAUCUAUCGAAAGAGGACAGAGAUGAGACGUUUGUGGAAGAUGGCUCUAUCUGUGGCCCUGAAAUGUAUUGUUUGAACAUGGAAUGCAAAGAAACUAGAUUUCUCAUAGAUUAUAAAAGCUGUGAUUCUUCGAUUACUUGCAGUGGAAAUGGGAUUUGUAAUAAUUUUCAACACUGCCACUGUAAUAAAGGAUUUUUCCCCCCUUUCUGUGAGAAGAAGGAAGGAGAGUUUGGAAGUAUUGAUGAUGGGCACCUGUAUCACAUUCCUGGUAGAAGUAAUUUGCAGAAAAAACAUGGUAUUUCUGGAAAACACUGGUAUCAACUAAUUUUCUACAUUUCUCUACCUGUGACUGUCGUUAUCAUUGCUGCAAUAAUAAAGCAAAGUAAAUUAAUAGAGCUCUGUUCCAAAGAGGAACCUGAAAGCUACAGAUCUGUGUCAGAUGACAGCAGGCGAACCAGCGAGCUGUCCUUCAGUAGAAGGCAGAGCCGGCCUGCGUGCAGCUCUGGCUGCCUGGGCCUAAAGGCGCUGGUUCUCCUGCUCCAGGUGCCCAGGCACAGGACCUCGAGCUACCACAGUUGGGCCAACCGCCAUCACCGUGGUGAAGCCGGCGGCCACACCAUGCUGUCUGCGUUCCUGGUCCUCUCUUGCCUGGGCCAGCUGAUGGCUGCUGGCCAGCGUAAGUGA